CUAAAACAGGUCUAUUGUGGGUCUCAGAGGGUUAAUGCAGACUGAGAUGCAGAUGUAAAACAUCUUUUAUGAUUUUAUUUCAGAGUGCUGUGCAGCUUUGUACAGUAGGUGUGUCAGCUCUCUGAGUGCUGCAUGUUUACCAGAAACAGGUAACUUCACACCCUCAUAAAUAAUCCAUUCCACAUUCUGAUGUCAUCAGCUGAGUGACUUGGACUCUGGCCCUCCGGGUACAGCGAAUUGUCUGUAACCACGUUCAGGAGGCGGAACAGGACCAACUUGUUUGUCUCCUGCAGCUUCACCUGAACGCCUCCCUGAACUCCUAGUCAGUCCCAACGCCGCCGCCGGACAUCAGAGAGACAUGCUCACAGUCAGAGUGGGAAGAAUAAAAAUGGCGAGACAAAACACAGGAAAGAUUUUACGGUUCAUCUUGGUGUUGGUGCCGUUGGUGGUUUUUAUCACAUUCAUCCUGCAGAAAUACAGCAGCCCAUUCAACGGUGAUUUGCUUCGUGCUUUAGCUGAACGUUCUGAAAUGCCCGGUCCGCCCACCAAGGCGCCCUCUAAAGCUGGAUCGUGUACCAUAAUGAAGGACUGUCCAGAGGAUUACUUCAGCUUCUUCGUCCAGAGCGGAGCCGCCAACGUCCUACCACCAAAGAUCUGCGUCCAGAACAAACUGGUUGUGGGAUCGAUCCUGAACAACGCUGGACUUGGAAUAAACGUAGUGAUACUAAACGGUAAAACAGGAGACGUCUUAAAGACAGCUCACUUCGACAUGUUCGGUGGCGAUGUGAAACCUUUCAUUGAGCUGCUGAAGACAAUCGAGACCGGAUCUGUGGUUCUGAUGGCGUCCUACGACGAGCCGUCAACAAAGCUAACUAAAGACGCCAGGGAGCUGAUAGCUCAACUGGGAAGCACUUCUGUCAAGUCACUGGGAUUCAGAGAUAACUGGGUGUUUGUUGGUGGGAAGGGAGCAUCAGUGCAGAGCAACUUUGAGAAGUACAUGAAGAACGACAACACAAAGAAUAAAUACGACAACUGGCCCGAGAUCAUCGAACUACACGGAUGCAUCCCCAAAUACUUGGAGUGACCCACUGCGUCACCCUAAAGGAACAUUUGAUCAUAAAGCAGCAGGAACAUGAAGCAUAAUGAUUGUACUAUAAGAAGAGCUCUGGAUGAACCAGUUACUGCAUCAUCAGAAGUAGAAAUCCAGCUGCUCUGCUGCGUCUUCCUCAUGUCAUGAGGUUUGAUGGUGGUCUGAACUGUUCUGUCUGUUACUGUGACACAAAGACUGGUGAACAUUUCCACCACAAUACUUCUGUUUUUCUUGAUUUUUAAACAUUUUUCUUGAGGUCUGAAGGACGUUUUGCAUCAAAUAGGACUGCUUUGGUCUUCCCUACAGAUGUUGUAAAAGAAGAUACGAGUCGAUACAGCUGCAGAAUACGCAGAACAGAAUAAUACCCCUUUCACACCAAUGACCAGGGUUGGACCAGGGUUAUCUGACCCAUGUUCAACCCUCCUUUUGUCAAUUCAAACCAAGCCAGUCAACCCGGGUUGAACCCCGGUCAGGACAAUUCAGAUACGACCUGGCUCACAACCCGGAAGCUGCAUACCAAUUAGCUCAGGUGUUACAAAUGGGCGAGGGCGGGGGGGGGGGGGUUACAGGUCUGGAGGAUUAUAGAGAGAGAAGAUAAAAGUGGCAUCAUCAAUGUGUGCAAAAACUUAUAAUAUCACAGAAUGCCGCUUUUAAAACA